AUGUUUCAUAAAACCUCUGGAGUCUUUCGUAUAAGGACACAUUCAAUUAGAAAUAUUAUCCAAAGAAGAGGUUUCCAGUCAUCCAUAAUAACCCACAAACCCAAACUUUCUAAAACACUAAUAACUGUUGGUGUUUCAGUAACAUUAGGUAUUUCAUAUCAUAACUACAAAUCAAGCUUAAUACAGAAUGACAUCCUUAAAUAUACAUCACAGCUAGAGCCUGCAACUGACUUAAAACCAAAUCCAAAAGGUGACACUUAUGAAAACGGACUAUUCUUAUCCUCUCAACAAGAACUAGAAGAUGAAGUGGAAGAAUAUCGUAAAGAGAGAUUAUCAAGGAAACUAGGGUUCAUUUUCAAGAUUGGAUUCACAUUUCAUGAUUAUAUAUGGGAACCACUGGUAACGGUUGGAAGAUUUAUUGAACUAACUAUAAUUUUCUUACCAAUUAUCUUAACUAUACCUGUCAGUUGGUUUGGUAAAAAAGAUCCAUUACAAAAUAAUGAGAGAAGUGGUAGUAUAAUAUGGUAUAAAAUCUUAAGAUUUAGUUUAGAGAAUGCUGGUGCUUCUUUUAUAAAACUUGGACAGUGGGCCGCUUCACGUACAGAUAUUUUCCCACAACAAUUUUGUGAAGAAUUAGGAAAUUUACAUUCAAAUGCUAAAAAACAUUCAAUUGGAUAUACUAAAAGAAUUUUAAGUCAAUCGUUUGGUGGCUUACCAUUUGAUGAAAUUUUUGAAGAAUUCAAUGAAAAUCCAGUUGGUGUUGGUGCCAUAGCACAAGUUUAUUUAGCAACAUUAUCUAAAAAACUAAUUGAGAAUAUUGAUGAAUUUCAGCCUGCUACUAAAAGAAAAGGAUCUUUAUUUGGAUUGAGUUCAUUGAUAUCAAAUGAUGACAAUAUUCCAGAACCUAAUCAAAAGGUUGCAAUUAAAGUUAUCCAUCCAAAUGCUGCUACAAAGAUUAAAAGAGAUUUGAAAAUUAUGAAUUUUUUCGCAAAUGCAAUUGAUAUAAUCCCUACAAUGGAAUGGUUAUCAUUACCUGACGAAGUUAGAAAUUUUGAUAUAUUGAUGAAUUUACAAUUAGAUUUGAGAAUUGAAGGAUUGAAUUUAAACAAAUUUCAAGAAAAUUAUAAAGAUGAUUUAUUUGUUAAUUUUCCUAAACCAUAUUUGAAAUUUUCAAAUAGAUCUAUACUUGUUGAAGAAUAUAUUAAUGGAUUAUCAAUGUCCAAGAUCUUAGAAUUGAAAAAUUCAGGAAAUUUGAACGACGAAAUGUCAAAACAGCUCAGUGAAAAGGUCAUUGAUUCGUUCUUACAAAUGUUGAUUUUAAAUAAUUUUAUCCAUUCAGACUUACAUGCAGGUAAUAUAUUUGUUAGAUUUGUCAAGCCUAAUGAGUUACAGACUGAAAUUGUUUCAAAUGUUAAUGAGCGUGAUGAAAUUUCAAGAAAUUUGAAAAAAGUUGCAAAUAAUAACGAUGAUUUAACUAAAGAAUUGAAUAAAUUAUCAAUAGAUGGUUUCCACCCUGAAGUUUGUUAUAUAGAUGCAGGGCUUGUCACAGAGUUAAAUGAAGUGAAUAGAGUUAAUUUUAUUGCAUUGUUCAAUUCUUUAGCUGAGUUUGAUGGUUAUAAAGCUGGUGAAUUGAUGAUUGAAAGAUCGAAGACUCCAGAAACUGCAAUUGAUGAAGAAAUUUUCGCAUUAAAAGUAGAGAGAUUAGUUGAUAAAAUCAAACAGCGUACAUUCACAUUGGGGACAGUUAGUAUUGGAGACUUAUUAGAAAAAAUGUUGUCGAUGGUUAGAUCACAUCAUGUUAGAAUGGAGGGAGAUUUUGUCAGUGUUGUUGUUGCAAUAUUAUUAUUAGAAGGGAUUGGAAGACAAUUAGAUCCUUCGUUAGAUCUUUUUGCAAGGUGCGUAUGGUUUACCUUUUUGAACGGGAUGCCAGAUCACUAA